UGCUUUCUGCGCCAAUGAUUUGAAUUAAUUGGCUCCAAAAAGACCAAACACACGCCAUACCAAAAUACAACCCCACAAUAGCGCUAUGGAUUUUGUGUGACUGAGUGGAAGUUGGUUCCUUCAUAAUUUGUUAUGCAAGAAUGAGUGUUAUUGAACUGACUAUAAUAUAUUCCAUUGCCAUUGGGGUAAAAAAAAAAUAGCAUCCACCAUAUUAAUACAAACCAUUAUCAAUUUCAGUUUCAGAGUCGUUACGGAACACAGCGCACGGUACUCAAACGAAAGAUAUUAAAAUACAGCUUAUUGUGUUUCUUCGGUCAUACGCCAGUGUGAUGGGGGUAGGGCCGCCUACCUCGGAAUUCUGUCAUUCACGUAGAAAUCUGCCUGUAACACACAGUUGAACUUAUUUGGUACGCUUCAACAUGGCAAGGGGAGAUGACUAUGCACUGGACUUCAGUCUGGACCCUGUUUAUGAGUAUCGCAAUCCACAGGGAAUUCGAGGAUUGAGGGCAUUUCGUCCUUCAGCCCAGUCCCGGCCAGUUCACUUCGUUCGAAAACCCCCGCUGUACGCUGCAGCCGCUGCCCCAGCUGCAGCAGCGGGACCGGCCACCCCUCUGGUCUUUGCUGUCUCAGCAGUCGUCAUUCUUGUACUCGGAGCAUUCAUCGGCAUUCCUUUGGCAGUGAUUUUUGGAGUUGUUUUGCCAAAUUCCACUGGAGUGUCUGAGGGAACGACACAGCAACCAGUUAUUCCUCCAGUAGAUCCACCCAUUGUCAACCCAGUCACAGUCCCUCCGGCACGGAGAACCCUCCUCUUGAGAUGUCCAGAUGACAUCACGGAGGAGACCCAAACGGGUCAGAACUACGCGAUUGUCGGCUGGGAUCCGCCCAGGGUACUCAGCCGAACAGAAGGUGCAGUGCAGAUGACCUCUUCCAGACAGCCGUUGACACAGUUUAACAUCGGGGUCAGGAGGGUCGAGUAUACCGUGACCGAUGCCGCCAACAAUGCAGGAGCUUGUUCGUUUCAGGUCACAGUCGUCGACAAUGAGCCGCCUUCCAUUCAGUGCCCACCCAAUAUGACCGUGCCCACCGACCUGCUGUCCAACUCGGCGCGAGUGUUCUGGCCGGCGCCAACCAUCACCGAAAACUCUGGUAUUGUGAGCAUACGGCAGGUUACCGAUGAGCCGGGGGACCAGUUCCACGUCGGCCUGCACGUGGUCACCAUUGUCAUCCACGAUGGAGCUAACAACGAGAAUAGGUGUUCCUUCAACAUCAUAGUGCAAGAUCGUGAAGACCCACGCCUGACCUGUCCUGAUACCAUCGUAGCGUAUACCAACCAGCCUGCGACUGGUACAGCCCCUGCUAGCUGGCCGGACCCCGUCGUGCGAGACAACAGCUUGAGUGUACUGACGGCGACGUGUGCACCGGCCAGCGGGUCGGCGUUCCAAUUUGGAACGACACAAGUAAUCUGCAACACCAUGGACGCUGCUGGAAAUGACGAUAGUUGCAUGUUUGACGUCAUGGUGCGAUUCAAUGAUACUGAACCGCCAAUGUUCAUGAACUGCCUGUCUGACAUUGUUGUAAAUGCUACUGAGGACUCUGACAGUGCAUUUGUGACCUGGGUCGCACCCACUGCUAAUGACAACUCGCUAGAAGCUCCUACGAUUACUGUGAACACGGGGCCCAAUCGUCAAUACAGCAUCGGCACCUAUCAGGUGAUUUACACAGCUUUAGAUUCUCAGGGGAAUGUCGGCGAGUGCAGAUUCACUGUACGGGUACAAGACGUCCAAGAUCCUGUCAUAAUGUGCCCGGCCAACUUCACUCAGAACACCAGCCCGGGACAGCCUGACGCCAUAGUCGUCCUACCUGCUGCUACAACAAGUGACAACUCUAUGACAUCAUUGAUGGUUACUACCGAUCCAUCUGGGUCUCCUGUCCUUGGUAUCGGUGACCAUACAGUCACAUAUACAGUCACUGAUGACAGUGGGAAUUCUGCAUCUUGUGAUAUCACGGUCACGAUCGAAGAUAUGGAACCACCCACCUUCACACCGCUCUCUGACAUUGUCGUAUCACCUGACGAAGGACAGCUGUUCGCCAAUGUCACCUUGCCGUUGGUGUCAAAUCGGGCAGACAACUCUGGGGGACCGGUCACAGUCACUGUAUCACCGUCCAAUAGCGACAUGUUACCGAUAGGAAUGCAUGACUUCAUGUACACUGUUAUGGACAUCUACGGGAACAGCGUAACGUUCACGAUUACCGUCACUGUUCGAGAUAUGGAGCCUCCAAGCUUUAUGCCUCCGUCUGAUUUUACGGUACCAACUGACGAUGGACAAUCAUCUGCCAUUGUCAGCCUUCCGUUGCCAACCGAUGUGACAGACAAUUCAGGGGAACUUGUUACCAUCAUGACCUCACCAGCCAACAACAGCAUGCUGAGCAUAGGACCAAAUGUCGUUAUGUACACUCUAACGGACAUCUACAGCAACACCGUGACGUUUACCAUCACUAUCACAGUUGAAGAUUUGGAGGAUCCUGUCAUAAUGUGCCCGGGCAACUUCACUCAGAAUACCGACUCCACACAGCCUGACGCCACGGUCACUCUACCUGCUGCUACAACAAGCGACAACUCUAUGACAUCAUUGACGGUUACUACCGAUCCAUCUGGGUCUCCUGUCCUUGGUAUUGGUGACCAUACAGUCACAUAUACAGUCACUGAUGCCAGCGGGAAUCCUGCAUCCUGCAAUAUCACGGUCACGAUCGUAGAUAACGAGCCUCCUAGCUUCACGCCUCCGUCUGAUUUCACGGUUUCAACUGACGAUGGACAAUCAUCUGCCAUUGUCAGCCUUCCGUUGCCAAUCGCUGUGACAGACAAUUCAGGGGAACUUGUUACCAUCAUGACCUCACCAGCCAACAACAGCGUGCUGAGCAUAGGACCAAAUGUUAUUAUGUACACUCUAACGGACAUCAACGGUAACACUAUGACGUUUAGUAUUACUGUCACAGUUGAAGAUAACCAACCACCCAACCUGGUGUGCCCAGCUAACAUCACCAGGCCAACAGAUGAGGGCAUGGCAUUUGCCAAUGUGACCUAUGACCCGCUGGUUCUGACCGAUAACGAUGGCAACACGCCCGCCCUGACCACAGACUACCAGGGGGGAGAUAUCUAUGACAUUGGAGAGACCAUCAUCACGUUGACUGCACGAGAUAAUGGUGGCAAUGAGAUUAGUUGUACAUUCUCCAUCACUGUCAUAGAUUCGGAGGAUCCAGUGAUCAUUUGUCCGGCCAACAUCACUCAGAAUACUGACUCCGGACAGCCUGACGCCACAGUCAUCCUACCUGCUGCAACAACAAGCGACAACUCUAUGACAUCAUUGACAGUUACUACCGAUCCAUCUGGGUCUCCUGUCCUUGGUAUCGGUGACCAUACAGUCACAUAUACAGUCACUGAUGACAGUGGGAAUUCUGCAUCCUGCAAUAUCACGGUCAUGAUCAUAGAUGUGGAGCCCCCAACGUUCACGCCCCCAUCCAAUUUUACAGUAUCAACAGGACUCUCUAAUUCCCUGGUCUUUUUCCCACUGCCGACGGACCUGUCAGACAACGGGGGAGGCGAGAUUACCGUCACAACCUCCCCAGUUAAUGGCACGGUGCUGCCCAUCGGGAUCCACGUGAUAACCUACACGAUUGUCGAUGUCUUUGGGGUGAUUGUGCAGUUCACUAUACAGGUCACGAUCGUGGAUAACCAACCACCCAACCUGGUGUGCCCAGCUAACAUCACCAGGCCAACAGAUGAGGGCAUGGCAUUUGCCAAUGUGACCUAUGACCCGCUGGUUCUGACCGAUAACGACGGCAACACGCCCGCCCUGACCACAGACUACCAGGGGGGAGAUAUCUAUGACAUUGGAGAGACCAUCGUCACGUUGACUGCACGAGAUAAUGGUGGCAAUGAGAUUAGUUGUACAUUCUCCAUCACUGUCAUAGAUUCGGAGGAUCCAGUGAUCAUUUGUCCAGCCAACAUCACUCAGAAUACUGACUCCGGACAGCCUGACGCCACAGUCAUCCUACCUGCUGCAACAACAAGCGACAACUCUAUGACAUCAUUGACAGUUACUACCGAUCCAUCUGGGUCUCCUGUCCUUGGUAUCGGUGACCAUACAGUCACAUAUACAGUCACUGAUGACAGCGGGAAUCCUGCAUCCUGCAAUAUCACGGUCAUGAUCAUAGAUGUGGAGCCUCCAAGCUUUACACCUCCGUCUGAUUUUAUGGUACCAACUGACCAUGGACAAUCAUCUGCCAUUGUCAGCCUUCCGUUGCCAACCGAUGUGACAGACAAUUCAGGGGAACUUGUUACCAUCAUGACGUCACCAGCCAACAACAGCGUGCUGAGCAUAGGACCACAUGUUAUUAUGUACACAGUAACGGACUUCUACGGUAACACUGUGACGUUUGAUAUCACCGUUACAGUUGAAGAUAACCAACCACCCAACCUGGUGUGCCCAGCUAACAUCACCAGGCCAACAGAUGAUGGCGUGGCAUUUGCCAACGUGACCUAUGACCCGCUGGUUCUGACUGAUAACGACGGCAACACGCCCGCCCUGACCACAGACUACCAGGGGGGAGAUAUCUAUAACAUUGGAGAGACCAUCGUCAUGUUGACUGCACGAGAUAAUGCUGGCAAUGACAUUUGUUGUACAUUCUCCAUCACUGUCAUAGACACUGAACCUCCAACUCUGCAGUGUCCGUCCGAGGUCAUAGUGUACUCUGACGAGCUCAGAAUCCCUGCAGCCGCCCCAGGUUCCUACUUGUUUGCAGAUUUUGCCUCCUGGACCGUCAACAUAACCGACAACUCGGGACAGCCGCUGACCAGAAGCGAAUCCAGCCACGAGUCUGGGAGUUACUUCACUGCUUCCUCAACGACCGUCACGCACACGGCCACGGAUGCCUACAAUAAUACCAAUCGGUGCUCCUUUGAUGUCCGGAUCAUUGGCUUUGUGGAUACCACUUGCAGCAUGUCUGGAAGUGAUCUGGACCUAUCAGUAUUGGCCGGCACAGGAGUCAGAUACCAUUUGCUGUCGCCGAACUUUGACGUUGGCGACCCGUACCCAAGCAACAUUGAGUGCCUGUGGCGUGUUUCAGCACCCAGUGGCAGCUACAUACGUGUCGACUUUGGCGCGUUUGAAACAGAGUUUGGCAAAGACAUUUUGACUAUUGGGAGUGGCCUGGAUGAAACACAGAUGAACACCAGUCUGGCGGCAUACGGAGGCAAGCUGGCAGAGCUGGUGACCGACAACACGCGACACACCAAGGCAAGAGUCUACGGAGAUACCAUCUGGCUGCACUUUGUGUCGGACGCAACCUUUGCUCAAUUACUCGCUGGCUUCUGGCUUCGGUUCGACUACAUAACUGAUCCACGCACUAUGUACCCAAGUUCUUAUUCAUUCUGUGCUGAGUUUGGUGGUUUUCCCUGCCUUGAUGGGUCGUGCAUAGACAACUCCAAGCGAUGUGAUGGUAACACCAAUGAUUGCGCCAGCAACGAAGACGAAACAGACUGUCCCGAUGAUAGUGUUGUGACACUGCCAACCCAAUCUGCGAACUUUCCUUCAAAGGAUGGUGUGUAUCACACAGACAUUGUGUCUGAUAACUACCCUGGCGAAUACCGUCCAAGUAACGCACGUUGGGACAUCGAUACCAGCUUCGUCCAAUCUCUCCGCAUUGUCGUGAUGGAUCUUCAAAUUGCCGCUGGUGACUCGUUGUACGUCGUAGAUGGAGACACAGGCACCCGUGUGACGGACAACAUUGUCUCGCCGGUCAGCAUACAUCUCACUAACAACACAGAUGUUGCUGUAGUCUUUGAAAGUAAUGGCGGUACUGGGCGUGGCUUCUGGAUUAGGGUGUGGCGAUACAUCUCAAUAACGACUGAGUUUGUUGAUUUUCCUGCGUACUGUGAAGUCGCUUUGCAUAGCUUGAACUGUGGCAAGGGCUCCUGCAUCUCUGACACAGAAAGAUGUGAUCGUGAUGUCGAUUGCGGUACAUUCGGGAACGACCAAGAAAACUGCAUGGCAGACUCAUAUGAUUGCGGCAACACCGCUAUCAGUCUUGGCAAUGAGGGCAGUAUGUACCACCUGACCUCCGUCAACUACCCAAACGACUUCAUCUACGACAUCAGCUGCCAGUACGUGGUGACCACAUCGGCCGCGACCAUUCUGGUCAGCUUCCGCGACGUGGAGAUCCCCGCCACUACCCCGGAAGACUACCUGCGUAUUGGCAACGGCGCCACUGUCAGCGACGAGACCGAGAUCAUACGCGUGGGUGGAGUUUUCCUGCCUGAGGACGUGGUUUCGACGGGGAAUCAUAUAUGGAUUGAGUUCAUCAGCGAUGGUAGAGUCAACAGCCGGGGGUUCUGGAUUGUGCUUGUGGCCCAAGAUUCGGAGGAUCUAAAUGGAAUAGUGAUCAUUUGUCCGGCCAACAUCACUCAGGAUACUGACUCCGGACAGCCUGACACCACAGUCGUCCUACCUGCUGCAACAACAAGCGGCAACAUGACAUCAUUGACAGUUACUACCGAUCCAUCUGGGUCUCCUGUCCUUGGUAUUGGUGACCAUACAGUCACAUAUACAGUCACUGAUGAUAGUGGGAAUUCUGCAUCCUGCAGUAUCACGGUCAUGAUCGUAGAUGUGGAGCCUCCAAGCUUUACACCUCCGUCUGAUUUUAUGGUACCAACUGACCAUGGACAAUCAUCUGCCAUUGUCAGCCUUCCGUUGCCAACCGAUGUGACAGACAAUUCAGGGGAACUUGUUACCAUCAUGACCUCACCAGCCAACAACAGCAUGCUGAGCAUAGGACCCUAUGUUAUUAUGUACACAGUAACGGACUUCUACGGUAACACUGUGACGUUUGAUAUCACCGUUACAGUUGAAGAUAACCAACCUCCCAACCUGAUGUGCCCAGCUAACAUCACCAGACCCGCAGAUGAGGGCGUGGCAUUUGCCAACGUGACCUAUGACCCGCUGGUUCUGACCGAUAACGACGGCAACACGCCCGCCCUGACCACAGACUACCAGGGGGGAGAUAUCUAUGACAUUGGAGAGACCAUCGUCAUGUUGACUGCACGAGAUAAUGCUGGCAAUGACAUUAGUUGUACAUUCUCCAUCACUGUCAUAGAUUCGGAGGAUCCAGUGAUCAUUUGUCCGGCCAACAUCACUCAGAAUGCUGACUCCGGACAGCCUGACACCACAGUCGUCCUACCUGCUGCAACAACAAGCGACAACUCUAUGACAUCAUUGAUGGUUACUACCGAUCCAUCUGGGUCUCCUGUCCUUGGUAUCGGUGACCAUACAGUCACAUAUACAGUCACUGAUGACAGCGGGAAUUCUGCAUCUUGUGAUAUCACGGUCACGAUCGUAGAUGUGGAGCCUCCAAGCUUUACGCCUCCGUCUGAUUUUAUGGUACCAACUGACCAUGGACAAUCAUCUGCCAUUGUCAGCCUUCCGUUGCCAACCGAUGUGACAGACAAUUCAGGGGAACUUGUUACCAUCAUGACGUCACCAGCCAACAACAGCGUGCUGAGCAUAGGACCACAUGUUAUUAUGUACACAGUAACGGACUUCUACGGUAACACUGUGACGUUUGAUAUCACCGUUACAGUUGAAGAUAACCAACCUCCCAACCUGACUUGCCCAGCUAACAUCACCAGACCCGCAGAUGAGGGCGUGGCAUUUGCCAACGUGACCUAUGACCCGCUGGUUCUGACCGAUAACGACGGCAACACGCCCGCCCUGACCACAGACUACCAGGGGGGAGAUAUCUACAACAUGGGAGAGACCAUCGUCACGCUGACUGCACAAGAUAAUGCUGGCAAUGAGAUUAGUUGCACAUUCUCCAUCACUGUCAUAGACACUGAACCUCCAACUCUGCAGUGUCCGUCCGAGGUCAUAGUGUACUCUGACGAGCUCAGAAUCCCUGCAGCCGUCCCAGGUUCCUACUUGUUUGCAGAUUUUGCCUCCUGGACCGUCAACAUAACCGACAACUCGGGACAGCCGCUGACCAGAAGCGAAUCCAGCCACGAGUCUGGGAGUUACUUCACUGCUUCCUCAACGACCGUCACGCACACGGCCACGGAUGCCUACAAUAAUACCAAUCGGUGCUCCUUUGAUGUCCGGAUCAUUGGCUUUGUGGAUACCACUUGCAGCAUGUCUGGAAGUGAUCUGGACCUAUCAGUAUUGGCCGGCACAGGAGUCAGAUACCAUUUGCUGUCGCCGAACUUUGACGUUGGCAACCCGUACCCAAGCAGCACGGAGUGCCUGUGGCGUGUUUCGGCACCCAGUGGCAGCUACAUACGUGUCGACUUUGGCGCGUUUGAAACAGAGUUUGGCAAAGACGUCCUGACUAUUGGGAGUGGCCCGGAUGAAACGCAGAUGAACACCAGUCUGGCGGCAUACGGAGGCAAGCUGGCAGAGCUGGUGACCAACAACACGCGACACACCAAGGCAAGAGUCUACGGAGAUACCAUCUGGCUGCACUUUGUGUCGGACUCGACCUUUGCUCAAUUACUCGCUGGCUUCUGGCUUCGGUUCGACUACAUAACUGAUCCACGCACCAUGUACCCAAGUUCUUAUUCAUUCUGUGCUGAGUUUGGUGGUUUUCCCUGCCUUGAUGGGUCGUGCAUAGACAACUCCAAGCGAUGUGAUGGCACCAACAAUGAUUGCGCCAGCAACGAAGACGAAACAGACUGUCCCGAUGAUAGUGUUGGGACACUGCCAACCCAAUCUGCAAACUUUCCUUCAAAGGAUGGUGUGUAUCACACAGACAUUGUGUCUGAUAACUACCCUGGCGAAUACCGUCCAAGUAACGCACGUUGGGACAUCGAUACCAACUUCGUCCAAUCUCUCCGCAUUGUCGUGAUGGAUCUUCAAAUUGCCGCUGGUGACUCGUUGUACGUCGUAGAUGGAGACACAGGCACCCGUGUGACGGACAACAUUGUCUCGCCGGUCAGCAUACAUCUCACUAACAACACAGAUGUUGCUGUAGUCUUUGAAAGUAAUGGCGGUACUGGGCGUGGCUUCUGGAUAAGGGUGUGGCGAUACAUCUCAAUAACGACUGAGUUUGUUGAUUUUCCUGCAUACUGUGAAGUGGCUUUACACAGCUUGAACUGUGGCGAGGGCACCUGCAUCUCUGACACUGAAAGAUGUGAUGGUGAUGUCGAUUGCGAUACAUUCGGGAACGACCAAGAAAACUGCGAGGCAGCCUCAUAUGAUUGCGGCAACACCGCUAUCAGUCUUGGCAAUGAGGGCAGUAUGUACCACCUGACCUCUGUCAACUACCCAGACGACUUCAUCUACGGCAUCAGCUGCCAGUACGUGGUGACCACAUCGGCCGCAACCAUUCUGGUCAGCUUCCGCGACGUGGAGAUCCCCGCCACUACCGCGGAGGACUACCUGCGUAUUGGCAACGGCGCCACCGUCAGCGACGAGACCGAGAUCAUACGCGUGGGUGGAGUUUUCCUGCCCGAGGACGUGGUUUCGACGGGGAAUCAGAUAUGGAUUGAGUUCAUCAGCGAUCGUAGCGUCAACAGCCGGGGGUUCUGGAUUGUGCUUGUGGCCCAAGGUUAAUGGUUAUUAAUGAUGUUGCCAGAUAUUCUGUUAGGGAAAUGGAAGCAUUACACCCAUGUCAGACUGGUGUUUCUCUGAGAAGCACUGAACUGAAUAUUAGUUAGAGCAACUUGGGUCGACCCAAAGAUAUUGGUUUCAGACAGGCAAACUUUACGUAAUAAUUUUCCAUUAAGUGGGCUCUGGAGUCAAUCUUUUGUCAAAAUUGCUCCCGACUGUUUCAAAUUAGAACCUUUUCAUGUCUUUAAUUUAAAUCUUGGGAAUAAUUUUUGGUUCGUUUGAGAAUCUCACAAACGCACAAAAGGAUUUGUGACACGAUGCAACCGUAAUCUCACAUCAUUUGCAAGAAUAAAAGUUUACACAAUCUUUACAAUCACAUCUAGCUAAUAAAUAUUUGAUCGUGAUUUCCAGCGAAUGUGCGUGUCUGAAGAAGAUUCAUGAACCAGGAUUAGUGAAAGAUGUACAAUACGGAUAAUUCUUUAGAAACAAAACAUUUUUUUUCUACUGUAAAUUUUCUUUAUUUAAAAAUGUCGUAAAAUAAAUCUCAAAGAAGAACGACUGGGUUCACCAGAUGUCGGUGAAAUCUUGCACCAGUUUUUUUAAUCAAGAUAAUGUACCCAUCGCUAAAGGAAGAAAAUGGCCCAAUCGCUAGAAAGAGAGAUGGGCACUCCGUUCUUGUGAACACAGGUUCGUCCCCUUUACCUUUUAAGAUAAUUGUUCAUGAUGUAAUGUAGUUAUUUAGUUUACCAUCAGUCACAUACUUACAGAAAUGUACAAGGUUUAUGGUUUUAUAUAGUACAGUGUAAACAAUUGUAUAUAAUUAAUUUUUGUCAAUUUGGUAAAACUUACCAUUUCUAUGGCCACCAGAAUAAAGUCUUUUUUUGUCCUGGUGCAAUGGGUUUUAUUCCUAAAUUGGUAUGUUUAAAACAACCAGGUGUGGAAAUAUUGCCGUUUUGUGAAUUGAAUAAGAGAAAAGUGCACACCUACAUCUUAUUAAACUGGGAAACUAACAGGAGAACAGGAAUUUUUUGACAAAGAUUUGUUAAUUGAUUACUUCCUAUCCACAUAAAAUGGUACAGAACCAAGCAAAAUACCAAUUUAUUUUAAGUUAAUUUUAAUAUUACCAUAUCAUAUUUGAUAUUUAAACUUAUAUCUGAAUUUGAUUUAGCUAUCAUUGGAGUAUAUUAUAACACUUUACUGAAAUUAAAAUAUACAUAUUUAUCCAUAGUUAUCGUUUACUUUAUUGGUGUACAUGUUUUGUGGGUAGUUGUACCUUAUUGGAGCAAGUGAGGAUGUAAUUUUCCAUAUGGUCUGGAAGUGUGUAAAUAAACUACCAUUAAUAAUUAAAUAUUUUUGUGUAAUGUACAUUUUGACAUGUUCUGUCAAAACCAAAUGCUUUUGGACAGAGCUUUACAUGGAGAAAUAUAAAGGCCCAAAAAAGUCGGUGUGGGUGUACAUUUUUCAAUUAGGUAUGCAAAUUUUGUGAUCCUAAAUAUGACUUGUUUUUUCCCUGUUCUGUACAAGCUUCAGAUUGUAAUUUUGACUCAACGGUGAUACUCUUUUUAAGAUUUGUAAAGGUGUAUUAGCUUUUGAUUAGAAAGUACAUAAUCAAACAGUUUAACACGAAAUUUCUCUGUUUCAACCUUUGCGACAUCAUCAUGAACUUCUCAUGAAAAAAAGUCUGUUUUCAAAAGUAAAACCUUCCAUUGUAAAUGGGAAGACCUACAUAAUGAUAAUUUUAAAAACUUUUUUUGACAAGCAAAAGGACGAUCUUUUUUGACAGAAAUUAUCAUAUUUACUUUAAUGCACAUGUAUUCAAAUUCUUAUAUGCUGUUGUAUAUCUGAUUUUUAUCCGAACAGUUUGUGGAAGAUUCACUAUAGAAUAUUGUAAGCUUAUUAAAGAUCAUUACAGGUUUUGUUUAUUGGGUUUUUACAAUGAAUAUACAAGAAUAUGUACGUUGAUACUUAUAAAAGUAUUGGAAAAUUAUGCAUUAAUUAAAUUAAGGUGAUUAAGUGAUUGGAAUAAAGGGAGCAUGUUGACAUAUUUACACCUUGGACUAUCAGAAUACUGAUGCGCGUUUUGUGUUCUCAAAGUUUUCAUAUUGAUUAUUCUGAUUAGGGUCCAAUGAUAUAUUUUUAAUGAGACAUUAUAGAUGAACAGGGUACAAAUCAUCUACUUUUGGUUGAACAAUAGGACUGCAUGCCUCACAUGGGCAUUUUAUCCUAAGGCUUCUAUUAGGCAAAUUUACACAUUUUUCUUCAAGCCUAAACAAGGUUAGGGGUUUGCAUUGGUUACCUGGCAAAAUAUACGGAUGGACCAUUCCUGAUAUAAAAAAA